AAAACAGCUGGCUGUUAAACAUUUUUUUUGUGUACAUAGUUCGAGAAUUUUUUUGGCAGCCGGCUUUUAAAUUUGCCAUAAAUAUAUAAAACUCUAUUAAAUUAUUAAAAUAUAAAUUGUUUCUAUGGAAACUGAACUGGAAAUUAUAGAUUCCCUAAAUGCUCUCGACUAUAAGGGCAAGUGUUUGCUAAAUGAUGAGCUCACUCGUGCUGUUGAGGGUGGUACACGCAGCGUAGAAUUUCGUGAAGUUGUGACAUGGCUGGCACAAGAAUUGCACAUUUUGCGAAAAACCGAUGAAUCUGUGAGUAAAGAAUGUGAUGAUCCCAGUGAAUUCGCCAUGGAGUUGUCGGCCAUGUUGAAGGAGUUGGGCUGUCCGUUCAGUCGUUUUGUGACCGGUCCACUGUCGGAGAGAUUUGAGACUAAAGAGGAUAGAUUGCAGUUGAUAGAUUAUUUGAUUACUGAAUUAAUGGCAACUAAAAUGGCAUUGCGUUUGAAGCCUGCUGAGCAGUCAUAUGUAAUACCGAAAAGUGAGACCAAUACUGCCAGGGCAUUGGAAUCGUUGACCAAAGAUUUGUGCUUGGGUAAGCCACCAGAUAAUAUUUCACCUAAGGCCCUUUUCGACAAGUUAAACUUUAAAGUGGAGGAGCGUUUGAGAUCGGUAAAGCCGGGAGUGGUAAGUGAACCUUUACUUAAGACUAAUAAACCAUUGACAGAUGCUCAGUGGAAAAAGUUACAGGAGAUCUAUGAAGAUCUCGAUAAGGAGUAUAAUUUAAGAAGGCAGGUCCUCCUGACACGUCUAGAGGUAACCGUGCAAAGUUUUCAGUGGUCCGAUAAAAUGAGAUCGCGUGAAAAUGAAAUUGUCGAAAGGUUCCAAAAGAAAUUAAAAGAUAUGGAACAUUUAAAAUAUGGUGGUGAAGAUACGAAUAUAGUGGCUCUGUUAGCGGCUCGUUCUGAUUUGGCUAUUAUAGAGAAAACCAGUUCGGCCAAUGUGCGUAAGAAUACAGCUACGAAAAUACAAAAACAUGUCAUUGGUAGUGUACCCGAUCGUGGUGGUAGAGCUCAUGAGCAUGCACCACCACCACCCGAGAUGCCUUCAUGGCAACAGCAAAGAGCUUCCGGUCCUGGGGGACGUGGUGGUGGUGGUGGCAAUUUUCGAGGCGGUAGAGGAGGUGGUGGCGGCGGCGGAGGCGGUGGUAACUGGCAACAGAAUGCCCAACCUCAGCGGCAACCCCAACAACAUCAUUAUCAAGCUCAACAGCAACAUCAACAAAAUUAUGAACAACGUGAUCAAAAUUGGAUACAGGGUAGUGGCCGUGUUCAAGGUUCCGGCUGGACACAACGAGGUCAAGAUCAUCAUCAAGGAGGUGGUGGUGGUGGAAAUUAUCAAGGCGGUGGCAAUCAUUAUCAAAGUAAUGAUCGUGGCGGCGGUCAUUAUCAACAGAAUGAUCGUGAUAAUAAUCGUGGUGGCGGUGGUGGAGGUGGCUACCGAGGACGCUCAAAUUAUAAUCGUGGUGGUGGCGGAGGUGGUGGCCACAGACGUUAAAAAGGAUGAAUAUUAAAAAACCUAGUUUUCGAAUACAUAUUGCGGAUGCCGAUGAGAACAACACAAAUAAAUUAAAAAUCAGCAUUUAA